CGUAAUAAACUGCCCGAUCAAGUAUUCAACGUUUGGAAGCUUCCAGAGUUCGGAUCGUCGUCAAAGCACAACAGAAACUGAACCUUCUGCCACGUCGAAACUAAGGGAUCAGGGUUUAUAUAUGGAAAUGUCGCAAUCCACAACAUCAAAUCAGUCCGAAAGUAUAAUUGAACAAGUGAGUUCACUUCCUCAAACUGAAAUGAGUCAAAAAUUAGAAAAAUCAAUUAAAAACACAGACCUGCAGAAAGAGAAUCGAGACUUACCAGAAAUUUCAGUUGCAGACCAUGAACAAGAGAAUAUCCUUGGAACGUAUAAACUGGCUACUAUGCUCAGAAAACAGUUAGAAAUGCUACAGUCACAAAUGGAUGAGCUUACAGUCAAAUUUACUGAGAGAAUAAAUAACUGCAGUACAAGAUCUGAACAGAAAAUAAAAGAAUCAGAAACGGAUUUGAAUGUACAUUCAGAGGAGGAAUUGAAACGGAACUAUGAAGAACUGAGACGAGUAAAUCAGGAGGACCAGAACACAAUUGCCAAACUCCAUACGGAAAAUGAUAUGCUUUAUGCAGAACUGAAAAGUUCUGCAGAAUUUUACGAAGCAGACUUAACUGCAGAAAAAUGGAAACGUAGUAUUCUAAAACAACAGUGUCAAUGGCAUAAUGGGGAAAAGUUAAAAAUGAAGGCCUGCUAUCAAUCUAUUCAGAACACACUGAUUCAAUGUAUACAAGAUGCUGAAGCACAGAAACUGGAAAUGACGGCAGAGCUGAAACAUGAAAAUAAUUUAUCACAAAACUUACUUGCUUAUAAUGCAACACUUGAAGCAGAAAUACGAGAAAAAGAUGAAGAAAUUUCUAAUCUCACCACAGAACUUAAUGCUGAAAGAGAGACAGUUUUAAAAUUACUCAGUGACAUUGAAGAACUUACCAAAUUAAAGAAUUUUAACUCACAGCCAAGUUUUCACCUUCAGUCAACAGUCAAAGAUAACUUUGAUAAAAUCAAGAUGGAAAGUGAAGCAGAAAACAGAAAACAUCUUCAGAGCUCAGAUAUGAUGCCAGCAGUUUCCACUGAAGAGAAAACUGUUACCUGCGGAUUAGCAACAGUAGAAGAAUCUUCUCUGAAUCAAUGCGAGGAGACAGAAAAUACCAAGAUUUUCGAGACUACAGAAACAAGUGCUGCCUAUGCUUCAAGAUCAUAUACAAAACCUAUUCUGAAAAAACGUGUGAAAACUUAUGCAGAGAUGGUUGGAGAGCAUCCUAGCCCACUGAGGGGAGGUACAGCUACGAAAAUUAAAAAAGAGAAUGCAGCAGAGGCCAUAACAGACAAGUCUAAAAAAGUAAAAUUCGCUGAUCAUCUAAACCGCGAUCAUGUUACAUAAAUGCAAAAAUAUAUAAACAAUGCUUUUAAACUCUUUGUUUUGUAACAAUUGCUUUUGGCUAGGGUUAAAAAAUUCUUCAACAUUAGCUUGAAUUCUACUUGGGCUACCAGCCAUGCCAGGUGGUUAAAAGGCGAAGAUACCGUUUCUAGAACCAUCUACAUCCCUGUACUCAAGGUAUGGAAAUACCUUGAGGACGAGGACCAAGAUGGCACUUUAGUACCCUGAGGACGAGGACGGUCCUCAAAACAUUGAUGUUUUUACCUUUAAACUAUCAGACAAGGCUGGUAACUUGAAAAGAAUUCAUUAUAGACUAUUAGCUUCUCAUAAAGAUGGCAGUCUUCUGGGUUGUAGUGUCAUGUGGUCUGGUAAAAGUUUACUAAUGUUACACAAGUCUUGCUGCCUCCAUCAUCACGGUGAUAACUGCCCUGAUAAUGUAAACAAUCAGGGCGAUUAUGACCCUGAAGAUGUAGGUGGCAAGGACCCCGAAAACGCUGGUAAUCUUCAACCAGACCACAUGGCAUUGCAACUCAGAAGAUGGCUGUUGUUGUUGUUCCUUGGAUCUACAACCCAGUUGCGGGUCUUUGCCGCCUCAUUUGUUUACCUAGAAAAACUGUGUUUGCUGUUCAGAAUAAAAGCAUUUGCCAAGUU